AUGGCCGGAAGCGGAGCGGGGGCGGGGGCGGGGGCGGGGGCGCUGGCCGGGCUCGCAGUGUGCGCGACGCUGGCGUGCAACGUCGCCUGCGUCGUGUUCUUCCUCCGCGGCCAGGUCGAAGGGCGGCUGCGGCGUGGGUGUGCGGCGUGGUUGGGCGUGGGCGGCGUCGCGGCGCAGCGGGUGGAGGAGGGCGAGGAUGGGGAGGCGCUGGACCGCGACGUCGCGCUCGCGCCGGACGCCGUCCUCAACCUCGAGCUGUGCGUGCCCACCCACCACUCAUGUUCAUCUUCUCGCCGCGCCGCGUCGCAGAGUCGCAGCAAAAAGGUAACUGAAUCACGGACAGAACUGAACUUAAGCUUGGCUUGCGUGGCCUGCAGUGGCGACCCGACGAUGUACGAGGCGUUCUGGAGGGAGGUCGGGGGCCGCGGGGCCACCGUGAUCCGCGGGUGGCAGGUGAUGAGCUACGACUCCGACGCCGCCGCGCUCUGCUGGUUCCUCGAGCCAGAGCUGGAGCGCGAGGUGCGCCGACUCCACCGCGUCGUCGGAAACGCCGUGGUCGAUGGGUACCACCUCGUGGUCGGCACCGGCGCCACCCAGCUGUACCAGGCCGCCAUGUAUGCGCUCAGCUCGCCGGCGCCCGGGGACCGGCCCGUCCCCGUCGUCUCGCCGGCGCCGUACUACUCCUCGUAUCCGCCCCAGACGGACCUCCUGCUCUCGGGCUUCUACCGAUGGGCCGGCGAUGCCAACACGUUCACCGGCGAUGAAUGCAUCGAGCUGGUCUGCUCGCCGAACAAUCCCGACGGUGCCAUCCGCGAGGCCGUCGUGCACUCCGCCGGCGCCAAGGCGAUCCAUGACCUGGUGUACUAUUGGCCGCAGUACACGCCCAUCACUGGGCGCGCCGCCCACGACAUCAUGCUCUUCACCGUGUCCAAGAUCACCGGCCACGCCGGCACGAGGCUCGGGUGGGCGCUGGUGAAGGACCGCGACGUGGCCAGGAAGAUGGUCUACUUCGUCGACCGCAGCACCAUUGGCGUGUCCAAAGAGUCGCAGAUGCGCGCCACCAAGAUCCUCGGGGUCGUCUCCGACGCCUACGAGGCCGUCCCGCCGGCCGCCGACGGCAUCACCGUGCCUCGCCUCUUCGACUUCGCGCGGCGGCGCAUGGAGGAUCGCUGGCGCACCCUGCGCGCCACCGUGGUUGCCUCCGGCGGCGCCUUCAGUCUACCGGAGGAGACCUCCGGCUACUGCAACUUCGCCAAGAAAACCGUGACAGAUUGUCCUGCGUUCGCGUGGCUGCGAUGUGAGAAGGAAAGCGUCGAGGACUGCGCCAAGUUGCUCGCCGGCCACAAGAUCGUGGCUCGCGGCGGGGAGCAUUUCGGAGGAGACGCGCGGUGCGUCAGGAUCAACAUGCUGGACAGGGACAAUGUAUUCAACAUGCUUGUUCAGCGCCUCUCCGCUAUAAACUAA